AUGCCCUACCCGCGCCUCAAGCGGGCGCUGCUCGCCUUCCUCGUCCUGGCACUCGCCCCCUGCCUCUUCCUCACCCUCCUCCAGCCCGCCAUCGCCCACCCCUUCCUCUCCUCGACCGCGCCUGACCAGCUCAAGCGCAUCGUGCAACGCGCCGUCUCCCACCAGCAGCAGCAGCAGCAGCAGCAGCAGCAGCAUCCCUUCCCCGUCUCCGACGACCACGCACCACCGACCCGCAAGCGCGCCACCUCGCUCACCAUCGCCUCGUUCAACAUCCGCUACUCGAACGACGCAAACUACGACUCGGCCCGCGCCCCCCUCCAGCGCAUCAAGCGCGCCAUCACCGGCCGCAAGCAGUCCCAGCAGCACGUCGACGAGGCCGUGCCGGCGCUGCCCCACCAGACCCCCCUGGUGGCCAGGGGGGCCAACCCGGCGCUCCGCCAAAAGUACUGGGGCGAGCGCAGCUGGUUCCUCCGCGGGCCACGCAUCGCCGACACCGUCCUCUUCCACAACUGGGACCUGUUUGCCAUGCAGGAGGUCCUCGACGCGCCCUACUCGAACCUCCGCCAGUGGAUCGGCGACGACUACCAGACCGUCGGCGUCGGCCGCGACGACGGAAGGCGCGCCGGCGAGGCCGUGCCCCUCUGGUGGAAGCGCGACGUGUUGGAGCUGGUCCCCGAAUCCCAGGGCGGCGUCGGUCCCAAGGGCUACGAGCACUUCUGGCUCAGCCCCACGCCCGAAAAGGUCGGCAGCGUCGGCUGGGACGCCGGGCUGACGCGCAUGUGCACCCACGUCGCCCUGCGCAUCAGGGACACGGGCGAGCUGGUCCACGUCUUUUCCACCCACUACGACAACGCCGGCGUCGUGGCCCGCAGCGAAAGCAGCAAGCUCAUCCUCAGGCGCGCCCAGCAGGCCGCCGACAAGACCAAACAAUGGCAGCGCCGACACCAUCCCGCCGGCAGCGACAAGGCGGACGACGUGGCCGAGCCGCUCGUCAUCCUCGUCGGCGACCUCAACAGCCCGCGCAACGAAGGCUCCUGGACCUCGCUCGUCGGCGGCCACUACUCGGUGCCCAAGGACCAGACCGGCUCGACGGGCCCCUCGUUCCUCGACACGGCCCUGUCGGUGCCCACGCUCCACACGUCGCCCUACCUGACCAUCGACGAGUCGCCGCGCGACGCCCAGCUGGCCUCGGGGUCGGUGGCGCCGCAGCCGUUUACGACCAACAUUACGUCGUCGGAGCGCGGCCGCCUCUCGGUGCCCUACGGUCCCCUGCGCACGUUUACCGACUUUGAGCCGUCGGACCGCACCGCCGUCGAGGACCGCCUCGACUUUAUCAUGCUCCUCGACAACGGCGCCGUCGUCGACCAGACGCGCGACGACGCCGUGCUCGAGGGGACAAAGAAGCGCAGCGACGGCGGAGGAAAGACAGAGGGCGGGCGGUGGAGGAUCAGGAGCCACGGCGUCGUGUCGAGCUGGAGCGAGACGGAUGCCGGGUUCCUGAUCAGCGACCACCGUCCCGUCGUGACUCGCAUCGAGAGCCGGGCGUGA